AUGUUUGCAGCAUCAAACUCCAAAAUGACGGGUGUCUGUGUGAUGAUGAUGAUGAUGAUGAUGAUGAUGGCGCUGGCAGUACCCAUGCCCAAAGAAGCCAGCCACUCCAAACACACCAAGACCCACAGGAAGUCUCCUGAUGAGGCGGCGGUGGAGACGGUCCCCCUGCAGCUGGACCCCAACGCUCUGGUUCCCUCCAGAAAUAUCCGGCCGUUGCAGAAUGCCUCCAUCUCCCCGUGGACCUACAACAUGUCCCGGGACGACACCCUGUUCCCUCCUGUGCUGUCCGAGGCUCGCUGUUUGCUGCACGGCUGCCUGGACUCAGAGGGCCGCGAGGACCUGAACCUGGAGUCCAGACCCAUCAUGCACCAGGUGCUGCUGCUACGCCGGGUCAAGUCAACGGGGGCGGGGUCAGGCGCAGGGCACAGCUACCAUUACCGGCUGGAGUCCCGCCUCAUUGCCGUGGGCUGCACCUGCGUUCGACCCACCGUCCGGCACCAAAACUGA